CCACAUUUCCCCUCCUCGAGCUCUCGCAUCGCUCCGAUACUGAUGCAGCUAUCACAGUACAGCAUAUUAUGGACACUGGUGCUGUGGUGCACCGCCAACACUGCACUAGUUGCCACGAGAAAUGACACAACAACGUACCCCACCAAGUCGGGUAUCGGAAUCUGGGUCGACCCCGACACACCCGACGACAAAUACGUAUACACCAGCUCUCGCGGCCGGCGAUGGGACCUCGUCAUGAGCGACGAGUUUAACGUGGCCAACCGCAGCUUCCGCGCCGGCGACGACCACAUCUGGACUUCACUCGAAAAGCCUGACGGUGUCAACGGUGCUCUGGAGCUUUAUUCACACAACAUGACUGGCACCGAUUGUGACGACGACGGAACGUGCUACUUCUACAUCAAGACCAUUGACGAGGUGAACGUCAUCCGCGUGUACAACAUGUACACGCACCCUCCGAGCUUCCAAGAUGCCUAUUUCUUCUACCGUGGCGCGAUGGUGCAGUCGUGGAACAAGUUCUGCUACCAGGGAGGCAUGCUCGAGGUGCGCGCGCAACUGCCAGGAGCUACGAGCGCGGACUCUGGUAACCCGGAUGUUGCCAAGGGAAAGAAUGGCAAGGUCGAGAACACCAAGUUCUACCCGACGUGGCCUGGAAUCUGGAUGCUCGGGAACCUCGGACGCGCUAUCUUCUCCGCGUCCACGAACCGCAUGUGGCCCUACUCGUACAACGAGUGCGACGCCGACGUCUUCGACCCGAGUUUCCAGCGUAUCAGCGCCUGCGACGACAAUCCUGGCUACGGAUUGAACCCGAACCAAGGUCGCGGCGCUCCAGAGAUCGAUGUGCUUGAAGGUGCCGGCCUUACUAUCUCGUCGUCGCUCCAGAUCGCGCCUGGAAUGCCUGACGACUACCGUCUAUUCCCUGUGGACACGUCGACCGGAGACUUCAGCUUCUGUCUGUACCAGUACAACUGUAAGACCCCCGGCUCCAACUACAUCGACGUCCCGACGGCGUACUACGAGAAGGAGCGUGGCCACAAGUCGUGGUACCAAGGUCUUCGCUACGGCUCGAACAACUACUGCUCGCCGAAUGCCACAGCGAAGCAGAGCUACGACAAAGUAUCAUCAUCUGUGAAGGCUGGAAUCACCGACAACACCUGUACAGUGGAAACCUGUCCCGCUUCCGGCGACGUGAACGGCGACUUGAGCAAGAUCGACGGCAAGGGGAGCGACCACUGGGGCAUCAACUCGAACGGCACGUGCUACCCGCUCAUGAACUCGUAUAUGGGCUCGUACCUGUGUGACCCGGACAACACCUUCUCCAAGUGCGCUAGUCCGCGCAAUGAAAGUACGACGCCCAAGUCGGGCGCCAUGAGCUCCUUCAACUACCAAAUGGACGCCAUUUCGUCCAACUGGCCCAUUCACUUUGGCGCGUACACUGGCUACUACGACUAUCAGGUGGAGUGGGUCACUGGAGAGAACGGAUACGUGCGCUGGAUGCUCCACGGCGAGCCUCUGUUCGAAGUCACGACCGAGUCGAUCGUCAACGUACCGCAGAACGCCAACAAGACGAACUCCAAGAAGAUCAUGAUCGAGGAGCCUCUGUACGUCAUCUUCAACGUCGCGCUGUCGAGUUCGUGGGGCACCACGCCUCCGAACCCAGGCAAGGAAUGCCGCGGCGACGGCAAAGACCCCGUGACCAACAAGAUCUGCGACGCCUUCCCCAUGUACAUGAAGAUCGACUACAUUCGUCUGUACCAGGACUUGGGGGACGACCUCGAACCUGACAACUACAUGUCCGUCGGCUGUGACCCGGCGAGUCACCCGACGAAAGAGUGGAUCGAAGCCCACAUCGACGAGUACGAAGACGACGACAACAAGUGGGAGGAAGUCGCGGGCAAGGCCUUCUGCGAGACAAGCGACGACUGCACUAUUGGUGGCAGCCUCGGUCGAACAGCGUUGAAGACGGGCAAGUGUGUGAAGAAGCGCUGUGAGUGUAUGUACCAUUCGUGGGGAGGUCCUCGCUGCACCACCGCCAUCUCUGGGUCGAGCUCAACCGAGACUGGAAUGAUGAGUCGGACGUACGGUCCGCCCAUGGAAGUCUCGAUUGGCCUUGCGGUGGCCGCCUUCGUUGUCUCCAUUGGAUCGGUGUACUUGUCGUCAGUCAAGGCUGCCAAGAAGACGAAGGUUGUGAUGGCUGCAAUGGCUGAAGACCGUAAAGGGGCUAUUGCGAACGAGACCACCCCUUCGGUCGAAAGCGACCGCGGCUCACAUCUUGCAGCUUUGUCCAAGGACAACUACCGCCAGAAUUUUGUGUAG